AUGCCUGGCUCGUUGGCGCCAUCACACCCAGCAGAGCACUCGGCCACGGCGGGGAUUGUCUCUGCAACGCCACUGCCACCUCUGCCCACGAACGCACACUCGCUGAGGCAACCGCUGCUGCUCGACAUCGCGUUCGUCGGCCAGGUGUAUGUGCUCUUGCAGUAUGUGGCGCUCGUGCUACUCACCGCCACGGUGGUGCUGCUGACCGUCUUCUCAGUGACACGUUCUCGUGUGGCUCACGUGGAGGAUGCGACGGCGUGCAACCGCUACCCCUUCGAUAACGUUAUCCCGCCCGAUUUGUCCUUCAGUCUGAUCUGCUUUCUGCUCAACGGUGUCUUUGCCGUCCGCUACGCGGUGCGGGCAGUGCGCUACGAGAAGGGCGGCCCCCUCGUCGUGCAGGUCGUCGUCGUUGCGCUACAGGUUUGCCGCGCUGUCUACUUUCUUCUCGUUGUGGCGCGGCGCUGCAUGCGCGUGUCUUCCGAGUCGUUAUCAUCGCCGUUUCCACGGCCGCUUUGGCCGUCGCUGCGCAUCGGUGCACGCGGCAGCAUUGCCACCAUCUUCAGCAGCGUCGUUGGCGCUUUUGGCAGCGAAGGCGCGUUUGUCGUCGAUGGCCGUGCGCCGACGGCUGGGUCGGUCCUGCAGCCGCUCUUCGCGCUCACCUGCGUCUGCGUUACCGCCAGUGUUUCUCUUUUUCUUGCCGCCUCUGUGCUGUCGCCGUGGGUGUACGCAAGUUUCGGCUGGCGGCGGUACGCGCAGGGCAUCGUGCAGGUUUCCUUCUCCCGCGUGCGGCAGAGGCUGACCGUGCUGCGGACGUGCGUGCAGCUGGAUGGAGUCAUCACGGCAAACGCCUACCUUGCUACGGUGUUCUUGCUGGACAGCUGGCCGGACCAGCGGACGUUGCUGCUGAUGACACUCACCACCUUUGCGGUGCACUACUUCCUUAUCCCCAUGCUGCGACGCUCGCGGCACUGGUGGCCCCUUCUGUGCGCUGCAAGUGUGCUGGUGACGGUGAGCGCCUACUACGCCGCUGUGAUUGGAGGUACGCUCCGCAAGGACCACCGUCUGCUAUCUGUAUCCAGCUCUCCCUGGUACAGCGACUGUUACACGGAUCGGCUGCGCAAGUGCCUCUAUGAGAUCUCUGCUGAGUACCCAGUCGGUAUUUUCCGCGACGCAUCCGCCGUCCACAGUGAUGGCGACUUGUGCCUCUCCUACGACCAGCUUGAGGGAGUCCGGUGGCAGUCGCUGCUAGCGGCUGUUCGUCGACACGGCAGCCGAGAUGCUCGCGUGGGUCUGGGGUUGACUCCGCCUUGCUUUGCGCUCGCUGUGUCUUCUCGAUCAACGCCGCCAGCGCGGCAUGUGAGCAAUGCGACGGACACGUACCUGCCCACCUACGGUGCUUACCCCGACUACUUCCGCAUACAGGGCUGCAACGCGACCUGCUUCCUGGCACGCGAGGAGCGCGACAACUUUUUUUUUGAGCGGCGCAUCGCCGGCUGCUGUGCCGAGUACGGGCAGUGCCGACUCAAGGAUGACUAUCGCACAUACGCGGUACUGCUGCUCUUGAUGCUGAUGAUCUGCUCCUCCGCUGUCCGGGUGACCUUGCUUGCCGUUGCGUGGCGGAGAUGGGUGGAAGAGGAUGACGGGGCGAUUGAGCUCUUCAUCCAGGAGCAUUGUCGUUGUCAUCAUCUCGGCGGGUACCGUCGACGGCGCCGGUAUCCACGUCGAGAGUAUGGACAUCGCCACAGACGCGCUGCUGCUGCUGCUGCUGCGGAUGGCAGUGACCCCCUUUCCCAAUCACCGCGGAGGCUACAGGUGUCGCACGACGCCACCUUUUCAGCGUCACCGCCGCCGACGCAGAACCCUCCGUGGGAUGUAGAGCAGUAUGUCGCAUGGAGACAGCAGCAGUGGACGGAUGAGAUCACGGCUAGUCUUGCUGAGGAGGUCGGGAGAUGA